UCGUCGUCGUCGUCGUCGUCGGCCUCCUCCUCCUCCGCUUCGAUCUCUCCUCCCAUUUCCACGCUCCGGAGGCGGCGGAGGGGGAGCGAGGCGGCGUCCCGCGGCAUGCGGAGGAGGAGCUAGGAGCCUCUCUCUCUCUCUGUCUCUCUUGCCUCGGAGGGGGGCCCCACGCCAUGCAGACCGGGCCCGCAUCGCCGGAGGCGGCGAAGGAGGAGGAGGAGGUGGUGGAGGAGGAGGACGACGAGGAGGAGGGGGAGGAGGAUGGGGGAGAGCAGCCGCGGCGGGAGCGGGAGCGGGAGCGGCGGAGGCGGAGGCGGAGGAAGCGGGAGGCGGCGGCGGCGGCGAGCGAGGUGGUGAUGGUGAAGCGGGAGCUCCUCGCCCGCUGCAUGACGUGCCCGCUCUGCCGCCGCAUCCUCCGCGACGCCACCACCGUCUCCGAGUGCCUCCACACCUUUUGUAGAAAGUGUAUCUAUAAGAAGAUUAAUGAUGAAGAGCUAGAGCACUGUCCAGUCUGUAAAAUUGAUCUUGGCUGUGCUCCCCUCGAGAAGCUUAGAGCUGAUCACAAUAUACAAGAUGUGAGGUCAAAAAUAUUUCCAUUGAAAAGAAAGAAGGUUAAUGCUGAAGAGGUUGAAUCUCCUAUUGCGCCGCCUGCUAAAAGGAAAGAGAGAUCUAUCUCUUCAUUGGUGGUCAAUACACCUGAAAUAACACCAAAGAGUUUGACAGGGCGCCGAACAAGGGCAUCUACCAGGAAGUCUGCUGCCGCAUUACGUGACCUUGGUCCUAUCAUUCCUCCUGUGAAAAAGGAUAGUGAUAACACCAAUAAGAAUGCUGAUAAUUCAAGCUUGCUGGACAGCUUGAGCAAAGUACCUCAAACAAGAAGACAGGUAUUGUCAAAUGCGGAAACAUCGAGUCAUCCCUCCAGUAAAGAUAAAGGAGGUGACGAUAAGGACUUGGACAAGUCAGAGCUCUGGAGACCUUUAAAUUGUCUUGUAGAGGCUGCAAGCAAAACAAAGUCCUAUAGAUCAAGUUCAGCUGCUAGGGGAAAUCAGCCCACUGAAUCUCCUAGUAGUGCAAAUGCUAGCAGAACUAAGGCUAGGGAGUAUCUGCUUAAGUCCAAAGUUCAAGAUGAGAAGAAAGAAGUUCCUGUGGCAACAGUUCCGUUUAAAAGGAAAGGACCUGGCCGGGGGAGGAAACCUGCACAACCCCCAGCCGCUGCAGUGUCUAGUCAUUCAGCUAGCAAGCAUGAAAAAUUAUUAACCCCUGUAUGGUUUUCAUUGAUUGCAUCAUUUGACCAGAAAGGUGCUCCACCCUUGCCGCAGAUACCAACCCAUUAUUUGAGAAUAAAAGAUGACAAUAUGCCCGCGUCAUCCAUCCAAAAGUAUAUCAUGCAGAAGCUCAGUCUUCCAAGUGAGACUGAGGUUGAAAUAAGCUGCUGCGGUCAGCCAGUGAACCCAAUUCAACCCCUGCGCAAUUUAAUAGAGCGGUGGCUGAGGUUCGGCCCAGCUCGCACCUUGCAGACUGUGGUCGGCUCCUCCGGGGGAGACUAUGUGAUGGUGAUAUCCUACGGGCGGCCAAAGGCCGCAUAGUCUUGAAACGAACCAUCUUCAGAUGUCCCACCUGUCGACGAUCACCGGAUUUGGCACAAGGUCGUGAAGUUCCGCCACCCGGGAAAACAUAUCACCAUAUAUGGGAGGAGGAUUCUCUUCUCCCCUGAUGACAUAUACUCAAAAGAAAGCGGCUGUGCCAUACUCAAAGCUCCCCUUCCCUCCAUUGAUGCUGUUGAAUGCUGCUCCAUUCUGGCAGAAUUUGUUAGUUUUUUUUUUCGUUCUUGAUAUACAGGUAAAUUUAAAGUUGCUGUAAUUUGGUAGGCGCAGAGAAAACUGGUGUUUAGGUUGGUCAAAGAGAGGAUACAUAAUGUCAGUUUUAGCUGCUCUUCCCUUGGAAGGGAUUAAAUUGGCUUCAGUUUUUAGUGGACUGCAGCUUGGUUGUAUCCUGGAUUAAUGUUAAACUGAUGUGGUACUAGACUGAAAAUUGCUUCCAAAUCCUAAACCAUAAGAUCAAAGUGAUAGCCAAUCUGUUCUUCAA